AUGGCGCCUCAAGUCGGGGCUGCGCACGUGCAGCUGCGGAAGCCGGUUGUGGAGAAGAUUCGCAGGGAUCGCAUCAACUCCAGCAUUGAGCAGCUGAGAGCUUUGCUUCGCAGACACGUGGAAGAGCAGCGGCUCGCCGUGAAACUGGAGAAAGCUGACAUCUUGGAGAUGGCCGUCAAGCUGCUGAAAGAGACGGUCAAGUCGAGUGGCGGCCUGGGCCCCGAGCACGCAUCAGCCCGGUACCCAGAGAAGCCCGUCAGAUCCGUCCCGCUGCCGGUUCCCCGGCUCUUGGCUGAACGAGGGCUCACCGAGAGUUCCGGAACAGGCCGGAGGACAGCAGCGCAGAAGGAAACUGCGAGGAGGAACCUCUCAAAGUCUGUCGCGGCAUCAGCGCAGUCGGGGCAGCCGUCCCAGGGGUCUCUGUGGAGACCAUGGUAG